CCUUUCUAGCAGACGUCACAAAAUGGCGGCUACAGAGCACUUGAAAGAAACGUUUGAGAAACUAGAUUUAACGAAGGAUGAGGUUGACAGGUUUACAAAUGCUUUUAAAAACGAAGAGUUUCGAAAGAUGUUUGUUGAGUAUGCUAGUGAAAUUGCCGACCCUGAAAAUAGGAAAAAGUAUGAAGAAGAAAUAGCCCAAAUGGAAAAAGAGCGAGGUAUGGAUGUUCAAUUUGUACAUCCAAAAGAAAGCUUUGUAAUGAAGACAACCGUUAAUGGCAAGAAGACUGCUUAUAUAAACAUAUGUAGUAAUGAAAACAUCGAAAGACCAAAGCCAACAAGAGAAGUAGGGGGAGUUUCAUGGUCAAUCCCAUAUAGUCUGUCCCCUGUAAGAGAUAAUUCCGACAAGGACGGUAAAUUAUGCACAAUAUUUGAUGUUGUUUAUCAUCCUGAUAGUAUAAGAAUGGCUGAAACUAACGUUAAAUUUAAAGAAAUUGUUAAACAAACUGCUUUUGAAGGUAUUAAAGAAAAACUUGGUGCUGUUAUAGACUUGAAAAACAUUAAAGAAUUAAAUAAUAUCAAGUAUAAGGGUACUCCUACAGCCACAGUUAUAAGGAAAAAGAAAGACGAUUUUGAAGCUUCGAAGAACGGACCGAAAAGCACUGAUGGUAUUCCACAUUUUCCAUAUCCAUACGGAGAAAAGUCGAGUGCCGAAUUGGCGCAAGAACAAGAAAAAAACUUGAAAACCAACAAAGAUUCAAAGAAAGAACAAGUCAGAACUCAAGAAGCUGACGAUUCUGAAUAUACAAAACCAAAAUAUACUAUUAAGCAUAGCAGCAACAUGGAUUUACAAAAAUAUACAAAUUCCCCGGUAUCGAUUCAAAAUCGUCCAGACAAGUUAAUCGUUAAUAUACAUUUGCCACUUUUAAAAUCUUCUAAGCCUGUUGAUUUGAAUAUUUUCGAAAGAAAAUUACUUUUACAAUCAGAAUCUCCCGCUAAAUAUAAGCUAGAAGUUCAAUUACCCUAUCCUGUUGAUGAGAAUGAAGGAUCAGCCAAAUUUGAUAAAAGCAAAACGACUCUGUCAAUUACUCUUCAUGUUUUACCUUUGGUUGAAGAUAAAAUUCCACAAAAUGCAACAAGCGUCGAAGAGGUGACGGAAGCUAAUAAUGAAGGUUCGAUAGACGCAAUGGUGGGCGAAUCAGAACAAAGGGAAGCUCAGAAAGUAGAAGAAAGUGAAAAAAAGGAUAUUGUCGAGAAAAAAGCCAAGGAAGAUACAUCAGCCACCACCUUUGAAAAACCCUCCAUCUUUGUUAAACCGGAAUUUAAAGUAAACCAAACCUCACAUGUGGUAACAUUCAUCUUCAAUCACCGUAAUAUAGAGAAAGAUUCCUUAGAAAAAGAGGUUGGUGAUAACAACAUCACUGUGAAAUUUCACACUCUAGGAGAAGGAGGAUUUCCUAUUAAAUAUCUGUUUAAAGCGAAAUUCGAGGAAACUAUAAUACCCGAUAAAACAGUUCUAGAUGUCAACUCAGAUAAUUUAGUCGUUAUCAUUUUCAAGACAACUGAUAGACAACUGUCAAAGUUACUUGUUUGCGGAGGAAACGAUGAAAAUUACGAAGAAAACAAUUUUCAAACUGAGGAGAAUUUAGUCAAGGAAGUUGAAGAGCUUUCAGCUUCAACUGAAUUAGAUAUGGAAAAUUUAACUCUUACUGAAGAGGAUGAAAACUACUUAAAGUUUGCUGUUGAUGACAAAAAUUCUCUUACGAAGGCAGAUAUAAGAAAAGGUUCUACCCAUGGUAUUUUAAAAACUGAGAGGUCUCGUUCGAUUUCAGAAUCGAGCUUAGAAAGUUCUCUUACCAGCUCUUGCCUGUCUGGAUCUCUCCCCGCUACACCGGACGUAGAGCUUGAUCUAUCCCCGAGACCUCGUACAAGGCAAAAAUCUGUUUCAUUUAGUGACCAAGUCGAAGAGCAAAGCUACAAGCAAAAUUCUUCUGUUGCUCAACUACAUAAGACUUUAAUGAACAGAAAAAAGAAAGCCCGAAAGCGCGAAGAAGGUAAGGAUAAAAGGAGACGUCACUCUUCAGGAGAAACUGUAAGCUCAUCAGAACUUGAAACAGAUCAUCACUUAAAUGGAGACCUUCGCCGAUCGUUGUCAGCAGAUGACUCUAGUUUAGAAAGACCGCAUAAUAGAAAUCAGACCAAGAAAUAUCCUGACAUUCAUUCUUCUGAACAGAGUAUAGACAGCGAUAACCCUUCGAAAGAACGCUCCAGAAAGAAAAAGAAGAAAAAGUCUAAAAAUAAAAAAGAUAAAGAAACUAAUGACAAAGAAUCGACUACUGCCAAUGAGAAAACUGUUGAAGCUAAUCAAGUUUCAAUAAACGACAUGGAUCAUAAAACUGCUUCAGCAGUAGAAUUAACCAAUGAAAUUAUGUUUGAAUUGGACGAUUAG